AUGCAGCAAGUAGCAUUCAAGAUCACCUUUUCCUGUUUAUUGAUUUUUGCAGCAGUGAACUCUGUGUAUUCACAGUCAGACUGUUCUCAGGCCGAAUCAUGUGACCUGUGCGUCGGAACAUCUUUGCUCAACUUGACAGGCUGCGUCUGGAGGCUGUGCCCAGAGGAUAACGAUGUGGGAGUAUGUGUGAAGGACGAAGGAGUCGUAGCAGACGACGGGAGGAACUGCAGCUGGACCAGAGUCUCUGAGCUGUGCUUAGUUGUGGAGAAGCUUGCUGAAGAUGGAAAUGACGCAGACCGUGAGGGCACUCCCAAACCUGCAGCUGACUUUUCUCAGGCCAAGUUCGACAUGUCCAGCUUCCUUGGGGGCAUCAUCCUGGUGCUGUGUGUUCAGGCUGGGGGCUUCUUUGCAAUGCGCUUCCUGAAAUCAAAAGAGCAGAGUAACUAUGAAACCAUCGAACAGCCGCAGUGA